AUGCUAGUCAGAAGAGUGCUGGUGCCAGGCAUUGGGCUUCAAGGUUCGGCUGCCAGGGCCCGGAUGGGACAUAUUGCGGCGGCAGGCGUCUGGCGGGCGCCACAGCCGCAGAGUCCAUGUGAGUUGGGCAGCAUGUCAUUUGUACGGCGCCUGCAUGACGACCGGAAGGUGAGUGACCUCCCGAAGAAACAGGAUUCUGAGGACAAGCCGAAGGUACCAAAGAAAAGCGCCAAAGACCCGCUAUGGGCGCGGGUGAAACACGAAGUUCGCCAUUACGUGAAUGGCACCAAGCUACUGGGGUACGAGCUCAAGAUCUCGUUUAAGCUGCUGGUGAAGUUUGCGAAGGGGUAUGAGCUUUCACGACGCGAAACAAACCAGCUGAAGCGGUCUAUGGGCGAUGUCUUCCGGUUGGUGCCCUUUUCUGCCUUCCUGAUUAUUCCGUUUGCAGAGUUGUUGCUGCCCUUCGCGCUUAAGCUUUUCCCCAACAUGCUGCCAUCCACAUAUGUUUCUGGGACGGAGAGACAACAGAAGAGAGUUAAGCUAGAGGAGGUGCGGCGCAAGACGUCCAACUUUUUGCAGGAGACACUAGAGGAGUCCUCAUUGAUCAAUUAUAACUCGGUAGAAGGUUCAGAGAAGCGCAAAAAGUUUCUGAGCUUCUUCCAGAAGGUGAACUCCCCUAAGGAUGGCAAGACCAGUGUUUUUACCCAUGAAGAGAUUUUGUCCAUCUCCAAAAUGUUCAAGAACGACACUGUGCUAGACAAUCUCUCCAGGCCGCAAUUGGUUGCCAUGGCGAAGUAUAUGUCCUUGCGGCCUUUUGGCACUGACAACAUGCUUAGGUACCAAAUCCGUUAUAAAUUGAAGAGCAUCAUGGAAGACGAUAAGAAGAUAGACUACGAAGGUGUUGAGUCACUGAGUACAGAGGAGCUCUAUAGUGCCGCCGCUUCGCGCGGGAUCAAAGCCUUCGGUGUUUCUAGGGAAGAUUUGGUGGACAAAAUGAAUGUGUGGUUGGAAUUGCGCCUCAGACAGCGGAUUCCGAGUGUGUUGCUCAUUCUCUCUAGCGCUUAUACGUUCGAAGGUGCGAAGAAUGAGUCGGCCAAUCAAAUAUCACUAGAAACAGCAACCGGGUUAUCUGAGAAACUGGCAAAGCCUCUAGAUAUUUACUACGACGCCAUCUUACAGGUGUUGAGCUCGAUCCCAGAUCCGGUAUACAACGUUGCAAAAUUGGAUGUAUCGGAAUCCAAAGAACAGAAGGUAGCUGCGCCUGUAGCUGACGAGUCUACAGCAAAAGCCUAUGAAGGUGCUAAAUCGGUGGAGCACCAAGAUGCCACAGAGGGUAUUUUAGCCACGCAACUCACAGCGGAGCAGCCUGAGGUGGAAGAGGAGUAUAUUCCGUCUACCGACGACAAUGAGUUUAAGUUGAACGUUUUGAAGGAGCAAGAAGAAAUGAUUAAAAAGGAGGAAGAAGAGGCCAAGCUGCGCUCUUCUUCUAAUAUUGUCGAUGAUAUAACGUUGGAUGAGGAUGAAGACGGCUCAAAGUCGGACAAGCAACACUCUCCAGCGAAGCCGGAGCGAAAGUCGUAA